UUCACACGGUUGAACAUGGACUUAACGCACAGUCUAGUAAGUCUACCUGAGAGGUUUGAAAACGGCUUAAAGUCCGGGACUCCAGUCUUAAUACCCAGAGACAGCAGCAUCAAGUCUGUGGGCAGGUUCACAUUGAGAUCCACUGAAGGCCAUCUUUGAUUGAUAGGCCUCAUCCCAACUCGCUGCAUCAGAGGGCACAGAGCAUGAGGGCUGGGAGAGGGACCCUGGGUGUCUGCCUGGCCAAGCAGUCACAAGGCGGUGACCCGGACAAACUAGCAUGUGGCCUUAAGAAAAGAAGUCAGAAGAGCAACCCCAGCCCAUCAGUUGUGCCUUCUUGGACAGACCAGCUUGUAGCAGAUACCUAUGGAAAGUUGCCGGCCAUGGCGGCGGCGGCAGCCUCAGAAAUGAAGCACGGUCAGAGCAAGGCCAGCCUCCUACGUCACGGUGGCUUCAAAGGGCUUCCGUCUCUGAAGGGAUCAAUGCGGAGAAGUUCGGCUCCAGCAGCCUCCCUAGGAAAGGCUGUGGCUCUCCCUGCUCCUUCAGAAGGACAACUAGCCGGGCUGUCCCAUGGCAUCAGGGAUGCACUAGGAAGUACUGACUGGCCAGGAAGAGAGCCCAGAGCCACAGACAACCGUGGACAGUACCUCAAAGGAGAGUCCUGGGUGUCAGGAUGGCCAGGCCAUCCAAAACUGAGGGAAGUGGGGUUCCUAAGAGGUGAACCCCUAAGUGCUGUCCCCAAGGGGCCAGGCACCGGGUCAGAACUGUCUCGAUACUCUAAGCUGCGCCAGCUGCCGUGUGCUUAUGAGGUUCUCCCAGAAGACGAGACAAGAUGUGUGUUCCUUGACCGUUUCAAUCCCAUGCUUUCAGAGGAAACAGUAGAAGAUGAGAAAACUCUUAAGUACUUCAGAUGGUCCGCAGAUAGUCAUGGGGUCACUGGCUUUGCAGUCUUCCAGAUUAGCAAGUCUGAUGCCAUAGUUAAGGUUCAAGCAGAACAAUAAAAAUAGCAGAUUAAUUUUAAAGGUUGUCUUACAGUUUCUUUUGCAUUAAGUCUGGCAUAUGCUGCAGCCGUUCAAUUCCUGCUGUUUCCUGUUAACCAGGCACUCGCUGGUUGAUGCAGAGGGAUGUUUUCAAGCAUGUUCUCAAUCGUUUCAAAAGAGGCUCAGAACUGGGAAACCACCUCCCCUGGGGAAAUGAUUGAUCUACUCCCUAUAGGAUCAGACAGGAACCAUUUAGCACAGAGUUCUAAAUCAUGGAGACCCAUUCUCAAGGGCUAGAAUCCGGAUGCCGCCUGCCUCAGCUCACCUCUGGCCAUCUGAUGGAAGUGGAGGCCUGUAGGCUAUGCCCUCCACCUCUUAUAAGCCUUGCUUCGGUCAUGAAGAGUCUUGUUUGCCAUUUCUGCACUGUACUGACUCGGUGACCUGCAGCCAGAGGUCCUUUCUCACAUGCCCCCCUCCUUCCGCCUGAGUUGCAGUUUUUAAUGGAGGCACUUUGGAGAAGUUGCAAUAUUAAAUUUAGGAUAAUUUAAAAUUACAGAACAGUUUGAGACUUUCCUGCCAACAGAACAUAGAUGGCAAAUGAAGCAAUGAAGCAUUUUCCUUUAUACUGUCCGGGACUUGUGAUUUCUUUUACAUUAAGAUUUUUUUCCAAAGUGACUUUUCCUUUGUGGUUUGUUGGUAACUUUAAUAAAGGCCAUUUAAAGAGUGGACAUUUUAAAGCCUUCGUACCCAAGACAGUUAAAAAUAGCCAUGGGAGAGUUGGAGGGACCUGACUGUAUAUGUCAUUUAUAUUGUGUCCUAAAUUACUAUGCCAUGGGCUAUUUUAGUGUUUUGGGGAAAUAAUAAAAUCUGUUCUUUAGCAUAAUAAAUAUGUUUUAUUUUG